UGUAACGAGGAGAGAGGGAGCGAGAGAGAAGUAAGCGGGACCCUUCCCUCCCUGGUCGGAGGGCAAGCGCUCCCGCUUCUUUCGCUCCCCCCCACUGUUCUCGCUCCUCCGCCGGUCCUUCCCAUCUAACUCCUCCUCCAUUCUCUCUCUCUCUCUCUCUCUCUCUCUCUCUCUCUCUCGUCCUCCCUCUCCCCUCCCCCCGUCUUACCCAAUUUGUUAUCCUUAUGGCUCUCUUACGUUUGAUUCCGAUGGAUUCUUGAGUCCUGGGGGAACACGGCACUCAAUUUCUUGAUCUCUGGUUUUUGGAAUACUGUAGAAAAGGUGAUAAAGAAUUAAGGUGAUUGGAAGAUGGGAAGGGUGAAGCUGAAGAUUAAGAGAUUGGAAAAUACCAGCGGGCGGCAGGUGACAUACUCGAAACGGAGAGCCGGGAUACUGAAGAAGGCUAAGGAACUGUCGAUAUUGUGUGACAUAGACAUUAUACUUCUUAUGUUCUCGCCCACUGGAAAACCCACAACUUGUCUCGGAGAACGCAGCAAUAUAGAGGAUGUGAUUGCAAAGUUUGCUCAACUAACUCCACAGGAGAGGGCAAAGAGGAAGCUGGAGAGCCUUGAAGCACUAAAAAAGACAUUCAAGAAGUUGGAUCAUGAUGUCAACAUACAAGAUUUUUUGGGUUCAAGUGGUCAAACAGUUGAGGAGUUGACCAAUCACUCAAGGCUAUUGCAAGCUCAAAUAUCAGAAGUUCAAAAAAGAUUGAGUUACUGGUCUGAACCUGAAAAAAUCAAUAGUAUUGAUCAUAUUAGGGCGAUGGAAGAAUCUCUAAAGCACUCUCUUAACCAAGUUCAAUUGCAAAAGGAGAACCUUGGAAAGCAACUAAUGUCACUAGAAUGUGCUAGCCAGUUCCAGAAUGGCAUCCAUUUACCCUUGGAAAUAGGUGGCGAGCAGCAAUCCUCAAAUAUAUCGUGGCUUCAUGAUAAUGAAGGUCAACCCAUGAUGCUUCCAGAAGAUACUAAUUUGCCGCGACAGAGAGGGUGUGUCACAGAAGUUUCUCUUCAAGGCUUUCCUGGCUACUUAAGCACAGGGAAGGAAACAAAGGCUGAUGGACAAAUCAAUGAUGAUACCUUGAAUCAAUUAGGCCAGAAUGCAUGCUUGGGGCUUCAGCUGGCAGGCCACUACCCAUAUUGCUCAUAUGGUCUGAAUUUGCUUCAUGAAAAGAAAUUCAAACCUCAAGCAGAAGUUAACCUACAAGAAGCAACUGUAGAUUACCAAAUGAAUAGCUUUGAGCCGCCCAGGCCCAGAUAUGAUGCCAGCAUUCAGACAUGGGCUUCUGCAUCGGGUUCUUGUGGUGUCCCUGUAUUUUCUAACCACUCUUACCACCAAUGGCAACAUUAGGCAUAUGAAAUCAUAUGGUAUCGAGAGUAACGAGAGCUUUUGAAAUAUAUAAAGGACAUGAAGGAGAGAGUACUACUAAAAUAAUUCAUUCAAGAAGUGUAUGCUUGUCAAUCUUUUUUCAAUGUUAAACUCAGGAAGCAUGAUUUUGCUGGUGACUGGUGUUGGCAAAAUUUGCAAUUCAGCUGUUGGCAUAGAUGAGAUGCUUUGUGCCCUUUUUCUGCUGGAUGCCAAUUUCAGUUGCAGUCUCAUGGCCAUGACCAUGAAAUGGCGAGCAUUUCUGUCAGCUACUCCUUGUCAUAUACCUCUUAUCAACAUUUUUCAAUAUGGCACCGCUUUUAAUGAUAUGUUGGAAAAAAUUGGAAUUACUGUUGAAAUGUGGAUAAGGGUGGAGAUUCCAAGUCUGCAAAUUUGUAGUUCUUCUGCAGUGUGUUUGUAAUCAUGUGUAAUGUGCAAGUUCGCUUUUGUUUUUAAA